AUGGUCGCCAUCAUCUCUCUCGCAACCCUCGCUCUCGCCACAGCGGCAAGCGCCAUGCCCCUCAAGGCCCGCCAAGGCUUCUCCAUCCCCAGCAUCGGCGGCCAAACCGCCAACGACGUACAGUCCGGCGUCUGCAAAGACGUGACCUACAUCUUCGCGCGGGGCACGACGGAGCAAGGCAACAUGGGCUCGACGGUCGGGCCGGCGCUGCAGACGAAGCUGGCGGCAGCCGUCGGGGCGGACAAGCUCGCGACGCAAGGCGUCAACUACGCCGCGGACGUGGCGGGCACGGUCGUGGGGAGCGUGUCGCCGGGCGCGGCGGAAGGGAGCAAGGACUGCGCGGGGCUGGUGCAGCAGGCGCUGAGGGACUGCCCGGGCACGAAAAUCGUGCUGGCGGGGUAUUCGCAGGGCGCGCAGCAGGUGCAUGGGUGUCUGAUCGAUCUGAGUGCGGCGGAAGCGGGGAAGGUUGCGGCCGCCGUGACCUUCGGCGACCCCCUCCGCGCGCAGGCGUUCCAAAACAUCGACGAGUCCCGCACCAAGAUCUUCUGCGCCGCCGGCGACCUCGUCUGCACGAACCAGUUCAUCAUCACCGCCGCCCACCUGUCCUACGCGUCCGAAUCGACCGGCCCCGCCGCCGAGUUCAUCCAGCAGCAGCUCGGCACGCUCGGUUCCUCCUCCUCCUCCUCCUCCUCCUCCUCGGCCAACGGCACGUCGGCCGAAAGCACCACCACCAGCACCAGUACCGACAGCGGUGCUUCGGCGGCCGACGGUAGUAGUAGCAGCGGCAGUGGCAGUGGGUCGAGCUUGCUAAGCGGCUUGAGUGGGCUGAACGGAGCUGGAUCCAGCGACGGCAGUGGCUCGAGUCUUCUGAGCGGACUGAGCGGGCUGACCGGCGGCGGAUCGUCGUCGAGCAGCGGGAGCAGCGGCAGAAGCAGCGGCCUGAGCGGCCUGAGCGGGUUGAGUGGGCUGAGCGGUCUGAGCGGUCUGACUGGUGGCUCGAGCGGUUUGAGCGGGCUAAGUGGACUGAGUGGCCUUGGAAGCUCGAAGAACUGA